AUGAAGUUCGCCACUGCUCUCAUUGCCGCUGUGUGUGCUGCCCCUGCCGCACUCGCCUGGGAGUACAAAGCCACCUGGGACUCCACGUACGAUGACGCGGCCAACUCCGUAAACAUCGUUGCUUGCUCCGGUACGCUUGAUGCUGACGGCUACACGGACUUUGGUUCUCUGCCCGGCUUCCCCUACAUCGGUGGCGCUUUUGCUGUUGGAGGUUACGACUCACCCAGCUGUGGCACAUGCUGGGCCAUUACCUAUAAUGACACCACGAUCAACAUUUUCGCCAUUGACACCGCCGCGAACGGGUUCAACAUCGCCAAGACGGCGUUGGACGCGUUGACAGAUGGUCAGGCCGAGGAAUUGGGCUAUGUGUACGUGACGGCGACGCAGGUAGCUACGUCUGAUUGUAGCAAGUGGAACUGA